UAUUAUAUAAUUUAUUAUAUAUAUAACAUUUAAUGCUAAAGCAUCUCCGGAGGGACUGUUGGGACCCUGGGAAUCUUCACAUUAUCAAAUCUGGCCCUUUAAAAAUAAGUUUGGGCACAAUUUUACAGGGCUUUCGGGGUUUAUAAGACCUGGUCUAAGGAUUCAGUUGUGACAGUUAAGGUUAGAGUAACAGGUAUAGGGCAGGGAUCAAGCAAGUUUUUGUUAACAAUUGAAUAUUUGGGCCAAAACAUCAUAUCUUCAUCAGACAGAGUCUUAAAACGUCGUCAGUCAGAAACAAAAAGCCAAUUUUUCUGCCUUUAGCUAACAAUAAUGUUUAUUUAAUGAUUAAUUAAUCUGCCGGGGCCAGAUACUGAUGCUGGCGUGCCAGUUUUGGCCCGCGGGUCACAUGUUGUGGAACGAGAGGGAGAUCAUGUGACGGCAGCUUCUCUUGCUGUGUUGAGAUCGGAUGUAAGACACUCUGCUCACAGGCUACACACACACAGCGACACCUGGACGAGGGAGGCGUCACAGGCGGGUGUGGGUGUGUCUUUGAGCCGCUUCAGCUGCUCCUGCUGCCCGGAGAGAGCAGGAGGAGAGGAGUGAGGAGGGCAUCGAUGCCUCCACGUCUCCUCUCACACACCGGCCUGUGUCUCGUGUUUUCGUCAUCGGGCCUCCUGCGCUGAGAUAAUGAAAGGAUGGCCGAGCAGCGAUGCGGGAACCAAGCAGUGCUGACGGACGCUGCUGCAGCAGCGGCGAACCGCCGGGAUGAGAAGCAGCAAAAGCCGCAUCAGCGUGCGAUGAGCUCGGCGGAGGAGGCGGGAGACGAGGGCCUGUCUUUGGAGGAGAUACUGAGGCUUUACAACCAGCCCAUCAACGAGGAGCAGGCAUGGGCGGUGUGUUAUCAAUGCUGUAGGACGCUGGCGAGGGGAGACCGGAGCAGGAGAAGCUCCUCCGCCUCCACAUCCACCUCCGCUGCCGGAGCAGCAUCAUCAUCAUCAGCGGCUGUGAGGAGGAUAUCUGGACCCGGGGAUGUUCGGAUACAGAGGGAUGGAUCUGUGAGGGUGGAACAGCAGACAUGUGAAGAUACAUGCAGCCCUUGCACAACAACAGAGGUGAUUGAGUCUUUGGGCAUCAUGAUCUACAAGGCCCUGGACUUCGGGCUGAAGGAGAAUGAGGAGAGGGAGCUCAGUCCUCCUCUGGAGCACCUCAUUGACCUCAUGACUAACAUGACCGAGGCCGCAAGGGACGCUUGUCCCGACGAAGGCUACGAGGCCACAGAGGAAGAGGAUGAGGUGGAGGACGACCCCGAAAACCUCUACGAUGGCCACGGUUACAGAGAUAUCCUGAAGCUGUGUACUGCACAUCUGCCCAGUCUGUCAGACGCCCCCAGUCACUACCAGGCAGUGUGUCGGGCUCUGUACACAGAAACCAGAGAGUUGAACACUUUCCUGGAGAAGAUCAGGAGUGCCAAAGAGAACCUCCGUAAAAUGGAAGAAGAUUCAUCGGACGGGACCGGCCGUGACCUGAAUGAGUUGCAGAAUUCUGACUGGGCUCGAUUCUGGGUUCAGGUGAUGAGGGAUCUGCGUGACGGAGUAAUGCUGAAGAAGGUGCAGGAGCGUCAGUAUAACCCUCUGCCUAUUGAGUACCAGCUCACUCCCUAUGAGAUGCUCAUGGAUGACAUCAGGUCCAAGCGCUACAACCUGCGUAAAGUCAUGGUGAAUGGAGACAUCCCACCCAGAUUAAAGAAGAGCGCUCAUGAAGUCAUCCUGGAGUUCAUCAGAUCCAGACCGCCUCUCAAUCCUGUGUCGGCUCGCAAGCUGAAGCCACAGACUCAGCCUCCUCCGACUCUGCAUGAGCGAAUCCUGGAGGAAAUCAAAGCAGAGAGGAAACUGCGACCAGUGUCACCUGAUGAGGUUCGCAGGGGAAGGCUGGUAAUUCGGCCACUUAGCAUGUCUUUCAGUUUUGACACGGCAGAUGAGUUCAGUCCGUACAUGGGCAGAAGAACGUCCAGCUCUCUGUCUCUGAUCAACGGAACAUCGUCUCCCAGACUAGAACCCUGCGGAUCUCAGUCUGUGCCGCAGAGGAAGCGGCUCCUGAAGGCUCCCAGCCUCGCCGAGCUGGACAGCUCUGACUCUGAUGAUGAGGUUUUUGGGCGGAUAUCAGUCAGCAGCUCCAGUGUGGCCACAUCUCUGAUGGAUGACACGUCGCCCGAGUCUACAGUGGGGAAGAAAACUCCACCCAUGUUCCUGCCCAUCUCCUCUACACCUCAGCCUGAGAGGCGUCAGACCCCCCAGAGGAGACACUCCAUCGAGAAGGAAACCCCGACCAAUGUUCGACUGUUUCUGCCUCCGUCCAAAAAGAGUUCAAAGUCUCUGGAGGAGUUCUGCUUCCCUGUGGAGUGUCUGUCUCUGACAGUGGAGGAGGUGAUGCACAUCAGGCAGGUGCUGGUGAAGGCGGAGCUGGAGAAGUUCCAGCAGUACAAAGAAGUCUACAAUGCUAUGAAGAAAGGAAAGCUUUGUUUCUGUUGUCGAACCAAACGGUUUUCCUUUUUCACCUGGUCCUACAUCUGUCAGUUUUGCAAAAAGCCUGUGUGUUCACAGUGUUGCAAAAAAAUGCGGCUGCCGUCCAAACCUUAUUCCAGUCUGCCCAUCUACUCCAUCGGCUCAACCAACACUCUCCCCAGAGAAAGGAUAAAUGCCAUGACUGUCGUAGGGCAAGGACUCUCUGUGGCCGGAGGGCCGGGACCAUCAGAGGAGAGAGAAGCCGUGGUGACAUCACCUGCUGCCAAAAGGGCAACGACAGGACCGUCUGUGUCUGAAGAAGUCACGAAGGCUUCUGGAGCAGCAGCUGCUGAGAAACCUGAGAAAUCUGACAAAUCCUCCAGUAAUCCGCGGCGUCACAGCAUCCAGAAGACCAUGUCCAAGUUUUCCAAACAUGGCUCUUUAAAGUCUCACGAUGAACUGGAGCUUCCCUCGGAGCUGACGGAGGACUGGGCCACCAUGGAGGUGUGCGUGGACUGUAAGAAGUUCAUCUCUGACAUAAUCGCCUCCAGUAAGCACAGCCUGUCACUGGCCACCAAGAGGGCUCGUUUGAAACGCAAGACCCAGUCCUUCUACAUGUCCAGCCCUAAAGGCAGGGAGGAGUAUCGGCCGUCUGAACGGACCAUCAAUGAGAUCUGAAACUCUGGCCGCGUUCAGCUCCAAUCGCACAAUCACGAGACUCGCCCGAUGAUGACGACAACGACGACAACUGUACAUGUACCGUAUACUUCAGAGUCAGAGGAAACUGUCAAAGUGGCUGACGUGAACCUUGGUCGUAGACGGUGUGGUGUCUUCGCUGUGUCCUGGUCGUCGCGUACAGCUCCUGCAGACAACAGCCUACUGUAGAUUAUUUUUCUGUAACAACCCUUUAAUUUGUGGCUGCAGACUUAAAAAGACGAAAAAGAGCCACGAACGAGAGUGUCCGGGCGGACUGACCUCCCUCCUGUCUGCUCACUGCGAAGCAUGGUCCACCCCCACCUCACAUUCAAGUCAAUAAGCACAAGAGCAGAGAAGGACUGGUGUAUGUGCGUGUGUGUGUGUGUGUGUGCUUGACUCCCUCAGGCACUGGAGCUGCAGGAGACACAAGGCCUGCCCUGACCUUGUGUUGCUGGGUUUUAAUUAAGUUCUUUUUUCCACAUACAUUAUUUUUGUGUACAGUAAAAGCUGUAUUUUGUUGACGACUCCCCCCAUUUCACACAAGGCAAGGCUUUGUUUCACCAUAUAUGAUCCAUAUUUAGAAAUGUCACGUGUUUUAAAUGCAGAUAUAGUCAUAAAGUAAUGUAAUGUACUGACAUUACCGCCAAAUUAUGCCUCAUGUUUUCUCCCCCGUCCCACUGAUCUGUGGUGAACAAAGUGUGAUUAUUAAACCCCCAUAAAAUGUAGAUCAGACCAAAAUGGGAGGUUAAAUCAACUAGAAUCUAAUUGAUUGAUGUAGCAGUUUUUAGAUACUGUAUAUUUGAAUGAGAUGUACAGUAGUUUAAGACUUACUAUUAUGUGUCAGCCAUAUAGCCAAAUCCAUAAUUUCCCCAAAAAAGCACCUCCACGGGAUCUUUCAUUGCCCCAAAUCCUGCUGGAACAUACACAUCCAUGUCAUCUGAUAUGAUACAGCACCAUAUAUACAUGUACAUGCAUGUGUGAAACAGCUGCUAAACUGCGAUUGGUGCAACAAAGUACAAGAAUCACCUGUUUUCAACUGAGCCUGCCUGCUUAAGACAAGUGACUAAAAGCACAAGAAAAACAAAUAUGUACAAGUAUUGUCAAUCAAAUCAAGCUACAAACAUGUCCCCACCAAGUUUAGUGAAAUUUGGUACAACUUGGUAAGCCUUAGGGGGGCGCUAUAGAGCCCUGGGGCAACGCACGGGUCGAGGACUAUGACAAUAUUGCAUUUUGGCCAGCUGAGGCGGUUUCCAGAGUUUUUAUGCAUGUAAACCCCUCAAAAAUGCCACAGAAUAAUAAAAAUACUAAUUAUCUGAAGGAAAACAAUAGGUUCCUUGCACAUAUUGUCUUCAUGAUGAAUCCCAUCACAAACAGGAAGUUACUAAUGACUGACUGCACUGAAGCCCACAUAAUGACAGAUUAUCUGCUGUGUACCAUUUUUCAGUCUUUUUUUGUUUUACAUAAAAUGAAACAAGAACAUGAAAAAUAUGUUGUUGUUUUUUUUUAAUGUACAUUCAUGUUGAUACAUGUGUGAUAUAUUAUGUUCAUUUCUUUUAUUGAUUCCUGACUGGAGUUUGUAUCGUGUAACGAAACAUAAUUUUCAUGUUUUUUUUACAGAUGUAUAUAUUUUUGAAAUCCAUCUCUCAUCAUAAUAGACACACAAUCUACAGUGCUUAACAAACUUAUUAGUUUUGUUUGAAACAUUCCUAACAUUCAACCACUAAAACUAAUUUUUCUGUCCAGGAAUGCAAGUCAAAAUCUAUAAUUUGAUCUUAAUCAAGAAAUAACAAUGUGCUUUUUCCGUUUUUUUUGGAAAACAGUAAAUUUGAAAACUCAUGGAUAACAACAUUAAAAAAAUAUUAUUUCGGAAACAUUACAGAAGCAUGAUUUUCAUCAUUACCAAUGCUGUUAAUUUAGGGCAGCUGUGGCUUUUGGCUGGUGGUCUAAUACAUUUGUUAAGCACUAUAUCUCCAUGGAGUCUUUUUCUGAUUUUCCCUUCAUCGCUGGCAGGAAUAAACACCCAACCUUAAAUCCUUA